UACCGAUCGACAAGAAGAUCACCUAACAUCAAAUGGAAAUCGUCGCCAUCAAAGAUCUGUACCCGGGACUUAAAAAUGUAAACGUGAUAUUCAUAGUCCUGGAGGUAGGACCGGUCACGCUGACCAAGGAAAACCGCGAGGUGCGCACGUUUAAGGUGGCUGACCAAAGCGCCGCCGUCAACGUCUCAGUUUGGGACGAACCCGGCAAGCUGCUGAUGCCCGGCGACAUCGUCCGGCUGACCAAGGGCUACGUGGCCGUGUGGCGCCAAUGUUUGACCCUGUACUCGGGCAAGAACGGAGAAAUCCAGCGGCUGGGCGACUUUUGCUUCACGUUCAACGAAAUGGUCAACAUGAGCGAACCGAACCCGAACCUAACGGCGGUGGUGGCGGCGGCCGGGGGUGCCCACGGGAACGGAGCCACGCCGGGUGGGAAAGGGGGAGCGGGUCGGCAGCAGGCCGGCGGAGAUGGUGCCGGUGGAAACCAGCCGGGUGGAGUGGGGGCGAAGGUUGGCCAGGGCGGUGGCCGGUUCGCGAAUGCUGGCGGUGGCGGCGGUGGCGAUCAGAGCAAAUCUUCCCCCAAGAACGCACCCCGGACGGGACGCAGUGGCCAGUCGAAAGGGGCGGCGGCGAAGAAUGAGCGGAGAUAAUUGGAGGGGGUUUUGGUGUAUUUUUUAAAAUUAGUGGUGUAAGAUCAAACGAAAUAAAAUUGAAAUUGAAUGAUGCAUUG